AUUGUUUCUUUUUUUGAGAUAAAGGAGCAAUAAAAAUUUUCUUAUUUGUCAUGUUAUAAAAUAAUCUUCUAAAUAAUCAAUUUUAAAGCAAAAAAUAUUAUUUAUUAAAUUACUAAAUACAUUUAAGACUUCUAGAAUGAUAACAUAUUUCCUAAAUUAGAUUAGAUUUAUCAGAUUUUUCUUAUAUAGUUUUAAGAUUGAGAUUUAUUACUGCAGGUCUGAAACCUAUUUCAAAGUCUAACAAAAAAGUUGCAUGAAAUUUCAAGGUCCUAGGUUAUUAAACUCUUUCAAGGACGUGAAGUUGAAUCGAGAGAGUGUCGACUUUGCCAGACUGGGACCUUCACCUACAAUGUAUACCUGAAAAUCAGAGAGGCAGUUCCGUAAAUGAAAGUGAAAACAAUCUGAGUUUAAAUUGAAAUUGUAAAAAAAAAAUUCUUUGAAAUUCAUUUUAAUCAUUUCUGACACUGGUCUCUUAAAAAAAUUCUCCUCGGCUAGAAAGGUCCAAUUAUAAAUAGAUCAAACGAAAUAAUAAUUGAUCACAUUCGUUAAUAAUUUCCAGAGUCAUGCUGACCUGCAAAAUGAAGAAUUGACAUUUUCCUCCUCAUGUGAAGACGAUUUUUCUUAGACACCAUGACCGUGACCAUAGUUCCUGGACCAAUUUUCAGUCUUAGAAAAUCUCUCCUCAAGUGCGGUCCUUGAUAAAUUUCUCUAUCAAAAAAAUUUUUGUUUUCUUACAUCAAAAAUAUGAUUUUUACAAUUAUACUCUCAGGUAUAAUCACACUUCUCGGAAUAAUAUUCCUGAAAUUAUUUCAAAAGCAUAAAUUUUUCAAGAACCAUGGAAUUCCACACGAAUCACCGGUACCAAUAUUCGGCAACAUCUUACCAGUUUUAUUACGUAAAUUAAACGUAAGCGAUUUAAUACGAAACUUAUAUGAUGCAUAUCCAAAUACAAAAUAUUUUGGACUUUAUGAUUUCACAAAUCCGGGAAUUGUCAUUCGUGAUUUGGAAUUAAUGAAAUUAGUGGGUGUUAAGAAUUUUGAACAUUUUACUGAUCAUGGAAUGUUUGGUGAGGAGCCACGUGAUCCAUUAUUUGGAAAGAAUUUAUUUUUACUGAAAGGAAAAAAAUGGCACGACGUACGUUGUUUAUUAAGUCCCGCUUUUACUUUGAAUAAAUUGAAAAUAAUGUUUCCACUCAUUUCCCAUUGUGCGAAAAAUUAUGCCGAAAUACUUUCUACAAAUAGUGGUGAAAUUAGAGAAAUGAAAGAGACUUUCAAUAGAUUUUCAAAUGAUGUUAUUCUUAAUUGUGCCUUUGGUAUCAAUAUCAAUACAAUUAAUGAUCCAACCAAUGAGUUCUACACUUUGGGUAAAGAAGCGACAAAUAUGGAGAAAUUGACAAUAAAGGUAUUUCUAAUGAGGGAAUUUCCAUUUCUUAUGAAUUUUUUCAACAUUAAUUUGGUGAAUCCAAGAAUUUAUAAAUUUUUCAAAAAAAUCAUAACAACGACAAUUGAAACAAGAGACACGUUAGGAAUCAAAAGACCCGAUAUGUUACAACUUUUAAUGAAUUCCAAACGAGAUGAUAAUCAUGGGGAUAAUGAUAAAAUAAAUUUAACACAAGAUGAAAAAAUUGCUCAAGGUUUUGUCUUCUAUUUUGGUGGUUUUGAUGCGACUUCAACAACAAUUUCUUGUGCUGCACAUGAACUUGCUGUUAAUUUACACAUUCAAAGGAAAUUACAAACAAAAAUUGAUAAAAUUUUACUUCAAACAAAUGGUAAUCUUUCGUAUGAUGUAAUUAUCGGAUUCGACUAUUUGGAUGCAAUUGUUAAUGAAACUCUUAGGAAAUAUCCAAUUCUUCCUGUUUUGGAUCGAGUUUGUACUAAACAAUUCGAAUUUCCUCCUACUGUUCCCGGUGCUAAACCAUUUUUAGUUGAACCCGGAAUGACUAUAUGGAUUCCUGUUAUUGGUUAUCACUAUGAUCCCAAAUAUUACGUGGAGCCGGAAAAAUUUAAUCCUGAUCGUUUUUUAAAAAAUGGUGCAGCCAGCAAUAAAGCAGCGACAUUUUUAUCAUUUGGUAUUGGUCCAAGACAGUGUAUUGCUAAUAGAUUUGCAUCAUUAAAAAUAAAAAUAAUGCUGUUUCAUUUAUUAGCAAGAUGUAAUCUAAAAGUUUGUUCAAAAACAAACGUUCCAUUAAAGGCGAGUAAGAAGACCCUCGGAUUUUUUGCCGAUGGUGGUUAUUGGAUGGAAUUGGAGAAACGAAAAAAUAGUUUCUAUUGUAAAGAAAAUAGUCAUUGCUAAAAAAAUUAUUUUCAUUCUGUAAUUCUUAAUUAUUUUUCAUCGUUUCUGAAAACAAAAAAAAAUUCUUUAUAUGAUUUAUGAAUAAAGGAAUUUAUUUCAAAUAUGUUCUCUUUUUUACUUUCCCCUAUUGCUCUAGAAUUAAUGUAAAUAAUCAAAAAAAAAAAAAUUUAUAAUCUGUUGUGAUUCGUAACAAAUCAUAUUUAUGAAAUGACGAUGCAUAAUUUAUAAUUUUCUAUAAUUGUCAAAAGAAAUUAAAUUUGUCACAUCAGAAAUUUUUUUCUUUAACUGACAUAUUACUUAAGCGAAAGUUGUAAUAAAUUGUCAACUCGGAGGAGAUGAUAAAUUAGUAAUAAACGCAAAGUGACAGAAAUGAGUAAAGCAACUGGUAAUCUAUAAUAAUCACCAACAAUUCAGCACAAUUCCCCUUCUUUAGAUUAAAUCUACCCACACACUUCAAACAAAAACGUUCAAGGCUACUGCAAUAACUCAAUGAUCAUGCAUUAGUGAAACAAUAAUAUCAUUCAAGUGCAAUAGGAAUUUUUUCAUAAAUGUUUUUUAAUUUUUUUUUCUAUUUUUUUUUUUUUUUAAUUAAUUUAUACAAUAAAUAAAUCAUUAUUGGAAUUUUGAGAUUUACACACUGAACUUUGAAAUUAAAAGUCAUUCUUUUAAGAUAAGUUGUAACUAUAGUUUGAAUUUAUAUUCAAAAGACUUUUUCAGAUUAUACAUAUCAAACAUUUGCAGUAUUUUAGUUUGCAUCAUCUGAAAGAUUAAGUAUCACUUAAAACAUUAUAUUAUUCCAUUCAGAGCAAAUUUCUCGUCAGUUUAUCAUUUCACAUGCUGUCAAGAAGUUACAUUUUUUUGUACCAGU